GUCUUUUAGACAACGGUUGUUAUAAAAUAAUAAACAUAAUUUCUAAUUUUUACGUAGGUGAAUUGUUAGUGGAGUGGAGACGGUAACUCUGUGCAAGGCAAUAAACCCACCUACGAUUGAGACGGGCUAUCGUCUUUGUGGUUUUUCAAGACACAUCAAAAUAUGUCACCAUCACGAAUUGCAUUGUCGGCAACACACAAUCAAGCAUGGUAACGUUUCACCCUGGUUUAAAGGUUGAAUUAUCUUUGUACUUCCUAACUAGUAAAUUCGAUUGUAGUUGAAAUCGUUGUCUACAGGUCGCCAGCCAUACUAAUUAUCACUACAAUGAAAUAGCAACAAAUGACCUCGUACAAAGAUAAACGGAAAAUAUCAUAAGUUUAUCUAUAGAGUCCGUGCGCCCUGGCGAAGAAAUUGAUAGAGCAAACACAUAAUGCCUAAAGGCCCUUGGAAACCAGCAAGUGUAUUUAUAAACCUUUGUUUUCUGCUGUUGGACAACUUAAUAACACGAAAGUUGUGGCAUCAAUAUCUUCAAGAAUGGCGCCCAACAGUAAUCGUUUACCACCAAAUGGAUACAGUAAUGAACAUUUAGCCCUCCUUCCAGAAACAUUCACAAAAGCCAUGAUUGGAAUACUAAUCUCAUCUGGUGUGAUUGUUAUCGGUAUGCAGUCUUACGUUUACUACAAUUUUACGCAAGUGUACGAUGGAAACAGUCUUCCCAGUUCAAACUAUGCAAGCUCCUGGGCUGUUUUGUACACUGCCAUGGCUAUGUCUAGUGGUUCGGCCAACGCUUUGAUUGGAUUUUUCCUAUUCUGCGUCAUCAGGGCUAAACGACGGCUCAUGAUGAUCUUCGGAACCAUUCUCACUUUUAUCGCUGGUGUAGUAUCGGCUUUGGCAGGUCUUUGUGCCAUCGCCGAACUUGUAAAACUCUACAAUGACAGUGAGAUACCACAACACGUUUGCGUUGGAGCAGCUAACUACGAGCCUUUAAAAAGCACCUGUGUAACGUGGUGGUGGUUGGAACUUUUGGUUGUUCUCUUUAGCGGUUUCGCACUCAUCGCCAAUUUCGCCUGUUUCGUCGUUUUGUGUAUCGAUAUUUGGAAUGAAAAUUACUACAAAGAGCUGCAGCAAACACAAUUGAAUUCUGUGGAAUCGCUUACGUCAGUUUCCACCAUACCUGAUUCCCUGUACGGCGAUCAUAGUACGAGGUCAGGUGUAAUGAUACCCCGGAUUAAUAGUUUGCAAGCAAAGCAACACCGUAAACCAGAUGACAAACAACACUGGAAUAGGACGAACGAUGUUAGACUAAACCCUGGUGGCCAAACAGUAGGAAAACAACGAAACCUAUCGCCUGGGCUGCAUCGAUCAAUAACGAACCGACCUAGUUUGCCAAUCGUCAUUCGGAAGAAUACAAGUUCAGAAUAUUUUUAUUGAUCAAAGCUAUUUUUUUUUUUUUACUUAUUACUUGUGUUUGCUUAGUAUGCCAUCAUUAUCUCGUUAUUUUAUAUUUACCCAGCUAAAUUGUGUUCCAAACUUCCAACUUCCAAGUCCUUUUAUGUUGUAGGAUUGCCAGUCCUCCGGCACACACGCUGAAUGUACAAAACAGAUGUUUAUCAUAACAAUGCCAGAAAUAAAAUUAAAAAAAAAGCAUUUUUUCCAUA